UUGACACCAGUCAAUCACACAACCCGCGACUCUCAAAACAUUAGGGCGAAACAAGCCCAAUUACUAUAAGCGGACUUCACGAAAAACAUUUCUUUUGAGAAAGGUAGGCGGAGCAUGGCCGGGAAUCAGGUUUCGUCAGGGGUGACGAGGGGAUACGCGGCUCAAGGGAUAGAUGCGGCAAGUGAAGAAACAGCUUUCCAAGCUCCAAUUACACCGUUAAUCGGGGAGAAAUAAGAAUGGCGAGUAAGAAAGUCAGGAUUAGUGGAGAAAUCCUUCCCUCUCUUCGUUGUAAACACAACUCAACAGCAUGAUUACUUACUGUAUGUGUUGUUUUGUAAGCGGAAAGGAGAACAGCUUCACUUUUUCUGAAGUUUUGUUGUGAAGCAUGGCGCCAGAGUUCGGAGAGAGCGGAGAGGUGAAAAGUUACAAACUUAAGAAAAGAAGGAAAAAGCAGAGCAAGAAAGACAUUAAAACCAGGACGGUGCAUUCCAAUCUGCUGUACAGCUGUGCCAAAGGAGACGAGAACCCCAACAGACCUUAUGCACACAAUAACAUUAAAACCACCAAAUAUACCCUGCUGUCUUUUCUGCCGAAGAACCUAUUCGAGCAGUUCCACAGGUUUGCGAACGUCUAUUUUGUUUUUAUCGCUUUGCUCAAUUUUGUGCCCAUUGUCAAUGCAUUUCAACCGGAGCUGGCGCUGGCGCCCGUGGUUUUUAUUCUCUCUGUUACGGCUCUCAAGGAUCUUUGGGAGGAUUACAGAAGACACAGAUCAGAUAAAGAAAUUAAUCACAUGGAUUGCCUCGUUUACUGCAGGAAUGAAAGGAAAUACCUGGAGAAGUACUGGAAGGAAAUCCAGGUUGGGGAUUUCAUUCGUCUUCGAUGCAAUGAGAUAAUUCCUGCAGAUGUGCUUCUCCUGUCCUCCAGCGACCCUGACGGUCUGUGUCACAUCGAAACAGCCACGCUGGACGGGGAGACCAAUCUCAAACAGAGGCAGGUGGUGAGGAGCUUCUCAGAGCUGGACUGUGUGUUUGACCCCACACAGUAUAAGGCAGUAAUCGAAUGUGAGAAGCCCAACAAUGACCUGAACAGGUUCCGGGGUUACAUGAUACACCGAAGUGGAAGGAGAGACGGGCUUCACAAGGAGAACCUGUUACUGCGAGGAUGCACGAUAAGAAACACGGAGGAAGCCGUAGGAAUCGUCAUUUACGCAGGUCAUGAAACCAAAGCCAUGUUGAAUAACAACGGACCUCGUUACAAACGCAGCAAGCUGGAGAGACAGAUGAAUGUACAUGUGUUUUGGUGUGUCAUCAUACUUGUGGUCAUGUGCCUCUUUGCUGCCAUUGGGCACGGACUGUGGGUGUGGCAGUAUGGGGAGCACCGCCCACUUUUUGAUGUUCCGAGUCCAGAAGGACCUGCCUUAUCACCAGCGUUAUCUGCAGUAUACCUCUUCUUAACUAUGAUCAUCAUCUUUCAGGUAUUGAUUCCCAUCUCUCUCUACGUCUCCAUUGAAAUUGUAAAAAUCUGCCAGGUGUACUUUAUUCAUCAAGACUUGGAUCUGUACGACGAGGAGACAGACUCCCACCUGCAGUGCCGGGCACUAAACAUCACUGAGGAUCUGGGACAGAUGCAGUACAUCUUCUCUGACAAGACCGGCACCCUCACAGAGAACAAGAUGGUCUUCCGAAGGUGCACCGUGAUGGGAGAGGAGUACUCCCACGAUGCAAAUGCGAGAAGGUUAGCCACGUACCAAGAGGCUGACUCUGAAGAGGAGGAGUGCACCUCCAAAGCGGGGACCCUGCCCAGACGGGACAGCGUGACAAGCCAUCAGAGUGUCAAGGUCAUGCACCGCUCACAGAGCACCAAGUCCCACCGGAGGACAGGCAGCAGGGCUGAGGCAAAGAGGGCCAGCAUCCUCUCCAAGCACACUGCGUUCAGCAGCCCAAUGGAGAAGGACAUCACCCCUGACCCGAAACUGUUUGACAAGGUUAAUGAAUGUGCCAGCCAGUUAUACUUGAUGAGAAGCCAGGGGCAGCCUAUGAACCACCUGGCCUCGGAACUGUCCGACGUUAUCGAUUUCUUCAUCGCCUUAACAAUUUGCAAUACAGUCGUGGUCUCUUCACCCAAUCAGCCAAGACACAAGGUCCGUGUCAGGUUGGAGCUGAAGUCUCCGGUGAAGACCAUCGAAGACUUUAUCCGCCGCUUCACUCCCAGCCGCUUGACUGGGUCCAACAGCAGCAGCUCCUCCAGUCUGGUAACCAACAGAUCGACGCACAAGACGUGCUCCAGCCUCCUCUCUUCUCCCUCCGCAGAGAGCACUCUGAUGGGACUGGAGGAGGAGCUGGGCCCCACGCCCCGGAGAGAGGCCGGUCCGGCCAGCCCACCGGGGGGAGACGGGGAACUGCGCUACGAGGCCGAGUCCCCGGACGAAGCGGCUCUCGUCUACGCAGCCAGAGCCUACAACUGCGCGCUGGUGGGGAGGCUGCCUGAACAGGUGACUGUGGAGCUGCCACACCUGGGCAAGCUGACCUUUGAACUCCUGCACACCCUGGGCUUCGACGCGACCAGGAAGAGGAUGUCGGUGGUGGUGAGGCACCCGCUGACAGGCGAGAUUGUCGUUUACACCAAAGGAGCCGAUUCCACCAUCAUGGAUCUCACCAGGCACGGCUCCACAGAUGAGAACAGAAAGAUCCUGAAUAAAACCCAGAAUUACCUAAACCUCUAUGCUGCUGAUGGCCUUCGGACUCUAUGUAUUGCCAAAAGGGUAUUAAGUAAAGAAGAAUAUGCAUGUUGGUUAAAAAGACAUCUGGAAGCAGAAUCUGCUAUUCAGAGUCGAGAGCAGUUGCUGUUUGAGUCGGCUCUGCGAUUGGAGAAGAAUCUGCAUCUUUUAGGUGCCACUGGUAUUGAAGACCGCCUGCAGGACGGCGUUCCUGAAGCCAUUGCUGCUCUCCGCAAGGCUGGAUUACAGGUCUGGGUUCUCACGGGGGACAAACAAGAAACCGCAAUCAACAUUGCCUACUCCUGCAAACUACUGGACCACGAGGAAGAGAUCAUCACUCUGAACGCUGAAACACCGGAAGCUUGUGCUGUUCUUCUGGAUGAGAGUAUACACUACAUUCAAUCCAAGUUUGUCAACAACACACUCAACCCUGCUGCUGAAGACUUUGAGGUUGAUUUCACCCCGUUCCAAAUCCCUUCCUCCUCCUCGGUUCACCGUCUGGGUCUGGUUAUUGAUGGCAGAACCUUGGCAUACGCUCUGGAUAAAAGGCUGGAAGACAAAUUCCUUGCUGUGGCCAGAAGCUGCAGAUCAGUGCUGUGCUGUCGAUCCACCCCUUUACAGAAAAGCAUGGUGGUGAAACUGGUUCGGAACAAGCUCAAAGUAAUGACCUUGGCAAUAGGUGAUGGAGCUAAUGAUGUCAGCAUGAUCCAGGUCGCUGAUGUGGGAGUGGGAAUCUCUGGACAGGAAGGCAUGCAGGCUGUCAUGGCCAGUGACUUUGCAGUCCCACGGUUCCAGUAUUUGGAGAAACUCCUCCUGGUUCAUGGACACUGGUGCUACUCUCGACUUGCCAAUAUGAUCCUCUAUUUCUUCUACAAAAAUGCAAUGUUCGUAGCCAUUCUGUUCUGGUUCCAGUUUUACUGUGGGUUCUCAGGAUCGGCCAUGAUGGAUCAGUGGUACCUUAUUUUCUUUAACCUGAUGUUCUCUUCCUUUCCUCAACUCGUUACCGGGAUCCUGGACAGGGACGUCUCCUCGGAGACCCUGUUAGCUCUGCCUGAGCUCUACAGAAACGGUCAAGACUCUGAGGAAUAUAAGCCACACAUGUUCUGGAUGAAUAUGAUAGAUGCCUUCUACCAAAGCCUCGUCUGCUUUUUCAUUCCUUACUUUGCCUAUGCUGACUCCGAUGUGGAUUUGUUUACAUGGGGAACUCCGGUCACUACCUUGGCUCUUUUCACUAUCCUGAUGCAUUUAGGCAUUGAAACCAAGACAUGGACCUGGCUUAAUUGGGCCUCCGUUGUGUUCAGCCUCGCCCUGUUCUUCACAGUGGCGCUGUGCUACAACGCUUCCUGCCCUACAUGUUACCCUCCAUCCAAUCCCUACUGGACCAUGCAGAGGCUCAUGGGAGACCCCAUGUUCUACCUGCUUUGUGCUCUCACCCCCGUCGUUGCUCUGCUUCCCAGAUACUUACACCGAGUGUUUCAGGGAACACUCUUCCCAACCCAGGUCCAACAAGGACGACAGCUGGAUGAACUUCCUUCGCUCAAACGAAGCAACAUUCUUCGUCAACGGAGUCCAACAGUAGAUUCGCCGUUUGGUCCCAGACCCUCUUUCCACCUUUUUCCGGAGCCUUUCCCAAUGGAUUACGGAUACAGAGUAACCGAAUCCCACUCCCACCAGCUCCGUGAAGCCUCCAGAGAUUGCAACCAGCCAGGGAAUGGCUCAGCCGCUCAAGGAGAUGGACAGGACAGAGAGAGAGAGGCAAGCACGAGCAGAAGUGACCCUCCUGGAGAAUCACAGGAAGAGGAUCCCUUUCCAAUACCAAAGAGCCAUCGGGCUUCAGAUGCCAACACGCUGCCGUAUUCAGAAGCUCUGCGAGCCGCUGUGGACUCGGAGUCCUCCUUCUGUGAAGACGGCUUCAGACUGGAUCCCAUCGGGGACUCGGAGUCCUCCUUCUGUGAAGACGGCUUCAGACUGGACCCCAUCGGGGACUUGGAUUUACUGAACUGGAUAACAUCUGCUGCAUUGUUUAAUCAACCUGGGAGUGCAGUGCAGGCCGAGUCCUCGCAAAGCAUGUUACAGACUGCGGAGAAGGAGGAUGGGAGCCCUUCACCCACCAGCACACGCCCACACUCGGAUCUGGAAGUUGUACAAAACCAGCAGCUUUUGAACCCGGUCAGCAGUGAAGUGAAGGCAGCUGUUCCAGACUGUUUACAAGAGGGAGCUCUCGAAACAACAUUGUUAUGAGAUAGUAUUUUAAUACAGAGUAUUUAUAUGAUUCAAUUUGCACAGCAGUUGUACAAUACUAUUCCAUCAUCAACAUUUCCAGAGUGUUUUAGGUCCUGUAAAUCGCUACAAUCUAUAGUUAUAGUAUUUAAUUACUAGCAAUAUUUUUUUUUAGGUCUAAAAUCUAAAAGCUUUCCUGUUUCUCUGUUUUUGAGAGCAUAUGAUUGAGGUACGUUUUUUUGUUUUUGUUUUUGUUGAAUCUUUAAUGUCAUCCGAAAGUUUACAAGAAGUUUUCAUCUCAUGACCAAACACAAACGUAUUAAUCAGCACUUCAGAUAUUACAAAAGUUACACCAAAUAUUGUUUCAGUACUUCGAAAUGAUCAGAACUAAAAAAAAAUACCUCUUAAAGUACUGUUUUUAUGGAUCACUGCAGAGAAAGGAAACGUGUUACUGGGUAUUUUAUGAAGAGCCCUUGCUCACUGUCAUUGCAAUUUGCAGUUGGUAUAAAGUACAAAAAGGGUUAACGGAUCUCGGAGUUAAACUUCUUGAAGGACAGUUGGAAGAACAUUCACAACUGAGACACUAAGUACCACUGGAUGCACACAGAAGUGUAAUAGUUAAGAAGCAAUAUGCAGGGCUCGGCCAUUACGUUUGGGGAUCUGCAUAGUGUUUGUGUUCGAUGGAGCUGCCAUUGUAAUCAGGCUUCUUAGUUUAUACCUGUUAUGCACCUCUGCAGCCCUCCUCUUCCUUGCUGCACAUAGAUCAGUCAGGAGUUGUCUCCUGAAAUGGGACAUGUCACGUGAUUCAGCGCCUUUGCAUUGCCUCUCGAUGCACACACUUUAUCCCAGGGUCACAUGUCGUAUGAUUCCUAGUUUUCAAGCGUGUUAGUAUCAGUGUACCUAUAAAAGUCUAAAGCAUCGGAAUUGCCUUAUUCAUGGUAAAUGAAGCAAGUCAUGUAUAACCAAACCUCAUAUUAUUGCAAAUAACCCCUCUCUGAAGUUACUCCAGUGUUUGCUGCAUUCAUUGCUAUGUUCAAACUGUACAUGUAUUUGCUGUAGUUCUACCAGCUUCUAUAGUCUAGUAGUGCUGUUACUGCAUAUAGUACUGCAAAUGGCAGGAAGUGCAAGCAAAGAACUACAGCCCAGCCAUAAGGUAUGGUCGAUUCCCAUGACCUCAUUUCUACUUGAGAGUGUCAGUCUCGUUAUGAGACGGAACAGAUAUAGCAACUAAACCGUGGGCCUCCCUUCAAAACAAAUACCUAAGUAAACAGUCAUGCAGAUUGUAUCAAAGCCAUUUUAAUGUCCCUGCCAUACCCUUCAAGUGUGCUUCUGCUUCACACAGAGGAGGUCACCUCUCCACGGUGAUCUUCUCUAUAGAAAUGCAUCACUGAAUGGAGUCGACAGCCCUCCUGGAGGAGGUCACGUCUCCAUGGUCAUCUUGUCUAUAGAAAUGCAUCACUGAAUGGAGUCGACAGCCCUCCUGGAGGAGGUCACGUCUCCACGGUGAUCUUCUCUAUAGAAAUGCAUCACUGAAUGGAGUCGACAGCCCUCCUGGAUGAGGUCACGUCUCCACGGUGAUCUUCUCUAUAGAAAUGCAUCACUGAAUGGAGUUGACAGCCCUCCUGGAGGAGGUCACGUCUCCACGGUGAUCUUCUCUGUAGAAAUGCAUCACUGAAUGGAGUUGACAGCCCUCCUGGAGGAGAUCACGUCUCCACGGUGAUCUUCUCUAUAGAAAUGCAUCACUGAAUGGAGUCGACAGCCCUCCUGGAGGAGAUCACGUCUCCACGGUGAUCUUCUCUAUAGAAAUGCAUCACUGAAUGGAGUCGACAGCCCUCCUGGAGGAGGUCACGUCUCCACGGUGAUCUUCUCUAUAGAAAUGCAUCACUGAAUGGAGUCGACAGCCCUCCUGGAGGAGGUCACGUCUCCACGGUGAUCUUCUCUAUAGAAAUGCAUCACUGAAUGGAGUCGACAGCCCUCCUGGAGGAGGUCACGUCUCCACGGUGAUCUUCUCUAUAGAAAUGCAUCACUGAAUGGAGUCGACAGCCCUCCUGGAGGAGGUCACGUCUCCACGGUGAUCUUCUCUAUAGAAAUGCUUCACUGAAUGGAGUCGACAGCCCUCCUGGAGGUCACG